AUGACCCCUCUCCCCGCACUCUCCUCUUUCCAGAGCAGGGUGGCCCGCGUCCCUGCCUAUAUAUACGCCAGAUAUCUCCACCUCGCGAGCGUCACCAGACGGAAAGAUUCUGGUAAGGAAGACAUGGGCCUUGAAAUCCUCCACCUCGGCAGCGGUGGCGGCAGCAGAAGCAGAAGCAGCAGCGGUACCCACGAUGACAAGAAGCCGGUUUCACAGCAUACGUACCGCGAGGAAAUCGAUGAUGAUGCACUGUCCGCGGUUGAUGUCUGCGUGUCCCCGGCUGUCGCUGGAUACCGUACGCCUGACGUGAAGGAGUAUCUGGUUCUGACGUGCGUGUUGGCCGCGGCCAUGAUGGAUGGGUAUAACGCUACCGUUGCUAUUCCUUUGAUUCCAACCCUUUCAACCCUCCUCACCACCCCCCUCGACAACGCCCUCUGGCUGAGCACAUCCUACCUCCUCGCCAACGCCGCCAUCCAGCCCCUAUGCGCCCUUCUCUUCCGCACCCCAACCCCAACACCCUCAGGAAUCCCGCUUCUAACAGCCCUCACAACCUCCACGGUCGGCACCGGCAUCUGCGCCGGGUCCGCCAACCUCCCCACGCUCAUCACAGGCCGCAUUAUUCAGGGCCUCGGCAGCGGCGCCGCAACCGCGCUCUCGCUGCAGCUAGUUGAGCGCGCGAUCUCGCCGCCGCAUCGCGCGCGUUUCGCGGGGUAUGUGUUGCGUGCGCGGGGCGCGGGGGCUGUCGUCGGGACGGUCAUGGGGGGACUGUUGGGAGAGAGGAGGAAUUGGGCUGCCGGGUUUUAUUUUGGGUUGAUGUUUUGCGCGGUUGCGUUGUUGGUUGGGCCUUUUGGGGUGGAAUUGUCUCAUUCUUCUCCGUCGUCUUCUUCUUCUUCCAUUGCUGCUGCUGUUGACCAUGAUGAUGAUGAUGAUGAUGACGACGACCUCUCAACCCACAUCCACCUCCUCUCCCUCUACCUAGGCCUCAUCCGCACCCUAACCCCCACGCAAACAGGCCUCAGCCUCGCAGCACUCACCAUCACCCUAACGCUCCCCUUCUGCGUCGACGCGUCCCAGAAACACGCCCAGUUCGCCCUAUGGGCCGUUCGACUCGGCUGGGCGCUCAACGUGCUCUUAACUGGAUGUUUCGCGCUGCUCGACGAGGAGACCCCCACAGCGGGGUGGGUGUUUGCGCUGUUAGGGGCUGGACUGAGCCAUGUUCAGGAGUACGAGCCAUCGCAACACACAGUCUGCUCUUCACAUGGGGCGCAUGCGCCACACUCCCAGUUUGCUACGCGAUUCUUGUUCGUCUAG